GAGAGAAGAGAAUAAAAAAGAUAAAUGCGAAAAUAAAAACCUUCCGUCACCGUGCGAGAAGAAAUCAGAAUCAAGAAACCGACGUCCCUCUCUCUCUUCUCUCUCUCUCCCUCACCUCCUCUUUCUCUCUUCCCCUCGGAUCUCUCUCUCCCUGAUUAAACCUCCAAAAUCAGGGAGUUUCGGGUUUCGGAUUCUUCAAAAUUACAAGUCUUUGUCUUCUGUAGCUCGUUGCAGCCCUUUGAAAUCUCCAAGCUUUUGUUCUUUCACAAUCUUAAUGUUCUCAAGAGGGCUUCUGCAGCAAGCGAAAUGGGACAAAGAAAUAGAACGGUCGAUUUAGAAAUGGAGCAGCAGCAAUCUCAAGCCUCUCUCCAACCAGAACCUUGCAUUCUCUUAGGCAGCUUUCCACAACAACCGGAUACUAAUAGCAUCCCUGCCAUGGUUGCAAACGUUCCUAAUUUAGAAGCACAUUCUCUUCAAGACCAGAAUUAUGACAACUCGGCAAUGUUCUACGGUCUUCCUCAGUACCAUCAUCAUCAUCAUCAUCAUCAUCAGCGUGCUCCCACGAAUUUCUAUGUUCCCUAUGUGGCAUUUCAGGCUCCGCCAAGUCAGUUACCUUCUUCUAGCAGUCACGGUGUAGUUGGAGUAAGCUCUGAUCAUGAGUACGAAAGGAAUGCUCAUUUUAUGGAUCACACAAGAGGAGCAUACAAAAGAAAAAACGCUGAAGGCUUAACCGGAAAUCCUCAGUAUUUAAGUACUUUAGCAGUUCCAUUCAAUACGCCAGAGGCAGUGGCACCAUUUGGAGGCGUGAGGAACAGACCUGGAGCUGUUACAAUGAACCCUGUUCUUCCUCCUCAUGCUCCAAACAGCUUCAUUCAAGGGAAUUACGCAGGCCAUCAUCCUUUUCAAUCUCCUGGCUCAGUCUGGUAUGAUCAACACCAUGGCAGAUCUGAUGGUUCACCUUCGUUUUGGCCCCACACGCCUUAUAUGCACGGUACUAACAUUGUCGCUGGUCCCAUAGAAUCUAGUAGUAGAAACCCUACAGCAUUUAUGUAUCCUUCUCAAGUAAACCCGAGGGACCAUUAUUAUGGUCAUCAUCAUCACCCAACACCUUCUCCUGUACAAGGAGUGAGAGGCCAGAGCGCCACAUUCUACCCUCACAUGGCUUCUUCGGCCUCAUACAGAGUUCCUCCUGGUAGCUUUGCUCCUCAGACCACAAUGAAUAGUGGCCCCUCGGGUUCAGAGAUGGGUUCGAAUCACGUGAGUCCUGUUCAACCAACCGGGUUUCGAAUAUACCAGCAACAUCAGCGAGAUGGUUCUGUACCUGUAGCAACUCUUAGACAACACCGUGGAGGAGUUCCUCGGCUUAGAGUGAUGCCUGAUGAUGAAGUUGCGAUAUUGGAGUUUGGAGACUUCCUUGGAGGUUCUGGAAAUCAUCACAUUGAUCAUCAUAGAGAUAUGCGAUUGGACAUCGAGGAAAUGUCUUACGAGGAGCUUCUUGCGUUGAGCGAGCGAAUUGGAACCGUAAACACUGGUUUGCCAGAGGAAGAUGUUAAGAGUCAUCUCAAAAUAAGAACAUGUUCUGUUAUCAACCUUGAUGAAAAGUCGUCGUCUCCAGAAACUAAAGAUAGAGAUACUGAACCGUGCACGAUAUGUCAGGAAAGCUUCAAGAACGAAGAAAAGAUUGCGACUUUGGAUUGCGGGCACGAGUAUCAUGCUGAGUGCUUGGAGAAAUGGCUGAUUGUGAAGAACGUUUGCCCAAUCUGUAAAUCAGAGGCACUGGUCAUGGAGAAGAGAGAGGUAUAAUAAUAGGAAGAAGAAUGGCUUUUUAAUCUAUUCGGUUUAUAUAUAUUUAUAUAAAAAGGAAACUUAAGAGAAGAGAAGAAAACAGAAUUUGGGUUUGUUUUCAGCUCCAAAAAAAAAUUCUGUAAAUUUGUACCUUUUUUUUGUUUUGUUUGUGCACAUAAUAUGUGUGAAUGGUCAAAAACUGUCAUCUUUUUAAUUUGGUUUCUUGGCUACGUGACAAUGAAAAAAUGUACA